GGACAGGCGGUGCAGGCCUAAUUUUGGAGCUGAGCUGGGAGUUAAAGUCCGGCGCGGGGAGGAGGCCGCGGCUCCGAGCGGGUCGGACACAGAGCGGACGGCCGGGCUGAGAGCUGACCAGACUGGCCCCGGAGGGACCGGCGGGCGCUGUGAUGAGAGAAAGCGCUACCGGAGCAGUAAUGGCUGGGCCCAGGCCGGUGGUACUGAGUGGUCCCUCUGGUGCAGGGAAGAGCACGCUGCUCAAAAUGCUGAUGAAGGAGUUUAAUGGACUCUUCGGGUUCAGCGUCUCACAUACGACGCGGAAGCCUCGUCCGGGAGAGGUGAACGGAAAAGAUUAUCACUAUGUCAGCAGGGAGGUGAUGCAGGCGGGAAUCAGUAACGGGGAGUUUAUCGAACAUGCCGAGUUCUCAGGGAACCUGUACGGAACCAGUAAGGCCGCGGUGCAGGAGGUCCAGGCCAGGAACCUCAUCUGUAUUUUGGACAUUGAAAUGCAGGGAGUGAAGAGCAUAAAGAAGACAGACCUCAACCCCAUAUACAUCUCCAUCCAGCCCCCCUCCAUGGACAUCCUGGAAAAAAGGUUGAGGGACAGAAAAACGGAGUCUGAGGAGAGUCUACAGAAACGUUUACGUGCAGCGAGUGUGGAUCUGGAGAUCAGUAAAGAGCCUGGGCUCUUUGAUGUCGUCAUAGUCAACGAUAACCUGGACGAUGCGUACAGGGAGCUGAAAGGCGCUCUAAUUGAGGAAAUCCAGACUGUCCAAGGUUCCACCAAGGCCUAAACUACUCCCAGGCUGACGGACACGGGCAUUCCGACUCCGUCAGCGUUUUCCAGGCUUUUCCGAAACAUUCCUCCAGCUCUGACGCACACAACCCCCACCUGCCCACAUGCCCUCCGCUCUGCUGCAGCUGAACGAUCCGCUUCUUUAAAGCUAAACGAUCAGUUCACAGGUACAUUCACACAGUAAUACAGGAGCUUCAGCCAGAAGAACCACAGUCGGCUCCCUGAUCACGUUAUUUAACCGCCUCGCGGGACCCUGAAGCUACGAGGUCCAGAAUCUACAUAUAUGCGCUUAGUCGGAUGUCAACGCAGCGGAGCUUCCCUCAUGUAUGACGCGCUGAAACGCAGCCGGCUGGCGUUUCAUAUUCCAGUCUAACCGAUGCUGAAGGCCGAGCCCAAGCUGCCCAUUUUCCCUGGUUUUGUUUUUAUCACUCGUUUUUGUCUUUUUAUAUUUUGUGCUUUGUGUUCUUUUAUUCUGCUAAAACGGACAGUGCACUGACCAAACGGCGACUCCCGCCAACCCUUUCCCAUGGACUCCGUACCUAGAGAGCUGUCUGUCCCUGUAGGCUACUGUCCAGGUAGUUAAAGCUGAACAUAGCAGUGCUCUAAAUGGAGAGUGAUUCCACCAAAUUUCACAACAUUGCCGCCCAGCGCAGGCUAGCCGAGAUGCUAGUUUAGCUGUCUGACCAUUCAAAACUGAGGCAGCGAGGCGAGCUAGCAUGCUAACGUACGAAUACCCCUGAUCUACACCAACCUGGACAAAUAAAGUGAUCUGUCCACUUCCAUACCAGCCACACGCUUCCAGACGCUUCCGGAAUAAGAUGCUUCGGGAAAGCUUGUGGUGUCGUCCUGUGAACUGGCCUGUUGGUUAAAGAUCUUAAAAUUUGGCGAAAAUGAAAUGGACAGCAUAUAAAUAUCCAUAUUUAGUACGCAGGGAGCUCGCUGGGUAUUGGGACACAGCCACACACAGUGCAGUGAUGUUGACUCCAGUUACAGCUAUUUAUUGUAAGCCUUGUGUCCAGACGUUCUGGAAUAUUCCUACAUGUUGUUUGGUCUUCGCUCUCUGAAGCGCAACGCUGAGCUUUUUAUAACAGGUUUAUAACGUUAGUUCCGUAGUUUAUCGAGCACAUCAUUGAUCUUCUGAUCAGUGCUGACUCCCAGAUCUCCAGCAUGGAGGUCAUAUAUUUUAAUCGAGGGUCCAAUUCCUAACGUUACAAAACUUAAUGAGUGUUAUGUCGGUCCACUCGCUGGCCACUUUAUCUGAAACACCUGCUUCAAAGAUCCGCUUCACAGUUUACAGAACAUCCAGCCAAGAGAGGCUCUGUGGUCAGAAACUGACCACUGAUGAAGGGCUAGCAAGGUGGAGCUGCUAGAGGGGUGUUUCAGAUAAAGUGGCCAGGCGUACAUCACCUUUUCUGAUGAGUUAAUAAAUAUAUAUAUAAAUGAAUAGACUUCAAUAAACGAGAGGCUGUGGAA